AUGGCGGCCUUGUUAUCCAGGCCGCAUCCACAAAUCAGAGCGCCUCCUGAUGAUAGCGGUGAUCCCAGCACCACAGAAGAAGGAACAGGAAUACACGCGCAGUCGGGGUCGUUAGAACAUAGGUUGAUCGGGGUGGCGAUAGUCUUAGCCCUUAUACUUCUCGCAUUCAUCCUCUGGCUGGUUUUAGCCAAACGACCGCGACGAAAACUGAGGAGCUGGGGGUGUACAUGUUUGCCAGCACCCCCAGAACGGAUUGACGAUGGAGAAUAUGCAGGGAAUCGAGACGGCGGCAACAGGUCCCAAAGCUGGGUUACCUCGCAUGAUAUGGAAACUCAUCAAAUGUAUGAAGUUGGCUCGGAGCCGUCGUCUUUCCAAGCAAAACAUAUUUCACAAUGGGAGGUUGAGCCGAGUAACAAAAUUCAAAAGGGGAAUCUGCAACCAUAA